AUGCUUAGUGAAGGAGAUCACACGAUACUGUUUGAAGAUGUGAAACUUCUUACCCCCGAUCAUGAAUACAACAGUCGGCUUGUACUGGAAGCCAUAGAAAUCCAUAAACAUACGGAGAACAACAACAGAAAAGUGGAGGCGUUUGCAGGUAAUGGUGAUGUUCAGUGGAGCUUCUCGCAGGUAAAGGGAACCUUGGAUGAUGAUGUAACUGAAGCAGAUAUAAUAUCAUGUGUAGAAUUCAACCACGAUGGCGAGCUAUUAGCCACAGGCGACAAGGGUGGCAGAGUAGUUAUUUUCCAACGUGACCCCAUCUCUAAAACUGUACUUCCCAAACGUGGAGAAUAUAACGUGUAUUCGACAUUUCAAUCUCAUGAGCCAGAAUUUGACUACCUCAAGAGUUUAGAGAUUGAAGAGAAAAUAAAUAAAAUACGAUGGCUCAAAAGGAAGAAUCCCGCGCAUUUUCUCCUCUCCACAAAUGAUAAAACAAUAAAAUUGUGGAAAGUUUCUGAGAGAGACAAGAGAGUCGAAGGAUAUAAUACAAAAGCUGAAAAUGGCUCUCUGAUAGAUCCAGCCAAUGUAAGUGCUCUUAGAGUGCCAAUAAUCAAACCAAUGGAAUUGAUGGUGGAAGCUUCUCCGAGGAGAAUAUUUGCAAAUGCUCACACCUACCACAUCAAUUCUAUAUCGGUUAAUUCUGACCAAGAAACUUACCUUUCUGCAGACGACUUGAGAAUCAACUUAUGGCAUUUGGAAAUCACAGAUCAAAGCUUCAAUAUUGUUGACAUCAAACCUACAAAUAUGGAGGAACUUACUGAAGUUAUAACAGCAGCCGAGUUUCAUCCUGUAGAGUGCAACUUAUUUGUUUAUAGUAGUAGCAAGGGAACAAUUCGACUGUGUGAUAUGAGAGCAGCAGCUCUUUGCGACAGGCAUUCAAAGUUGUUCGAGGAGCCUGAAGAUCCUACUAACAGGAGCUUCUUCUCCGAAAUAAUUUCCAGUAUUUCUGACGUUAAAUUAUCAAAUAGUGGUAGAUAUAUGAUUUCAAGAGACUAUUUAUCAGUUAAAGUUUGGGAUUUGCACAUGGAGACUAAACCCAUCGAGACGUAUCCUGUGCAUGAAUAUCUGAGAGCGAAGCUGUGCUCGCUUUAUGAGAAUGACUGCAUUUUUGAUAAAUUCGAGUGUUGCUGGAACGGUAACGAUACUGCAAUAAUGACUGGUUCCUACAACAAUUUCUUCAGAAUGUUUGACAGAACAACGAAGAAAGAAGUAACGUUGGAAGCUUCAAGGGAUGUUGCCAAACCUCGAACAGUUUUGAAACCAAGAAAAGUGUGCUCUCAAGGAAAGCGAAAAAAGGAUGAAAUUAGUGUAGACUGUUUAGAUUUCAAUAAAAAAAUAUUACACACAGCAUGGCAUCCUGCGGAAAAUAUCAUAGCUGUUGCGGCAACUAAUAACUUAUUUCUGUUCCAAGAUAAGUACUAGACUAGUUAUCAAUUAUAUUCGUCGCAUAUUCAGGCUUUAUUUAAUUUAUCUAUAUCCAUCUUUUAAAAUUUUGUUAUUUCAUCGUGUUUUUCAUAAUUAUUAUACUGGGUUCUACGUGACUAGACUAUCAUUUUUUAAUUCGUGAGAUAAAUUACGAAAUGCCUCGAUGCAGCUUUUAUUUUUGAAAGGCUCUCAUGGGUAAAUUUUAUUCGAGUUGAAACCUAGGCCUCUGCUGCAUUUGAGGAAUUUCUUGACUGUCUCCUCAGUGAUCACAAAAUUUUUCAAUUUGUGAUCAUAGCCAUUAUUAUGAAGUAAUGUUUUAUUACUACUCUUAUUUAAUUUGUUGAUUUCGUUUUAUUCUACGAAAACUUUAUAAGUUUGACUUGUUUCAAAUCCUUAUUCUGAAAUCUGAUGCUUUCCUGUCUGAAGGGUUUCGUGAAAAUGUGAUAUUUUUUUAUUGAUAUUGUCGUUAAAAUAUUUUUUCCAGAGGGCACAACUACAACAAAAAGGAAUCUCCGUUUGUGAAAGAAAGGACAUUCAAACUCUCAAUAUUGCUAUUUGGUAUGUCAUAGGCUGGCAUUUGUAUAGUCCACCGUUUGUAAAUACUUUUGCUUGAGAUGUAUAUACCAGUAAACUGCAUAUUCUAAACAUUUUUUAUAUAUAACGUGAGAAAAACGACUAUUUUCAAGCCAUUUUCGCCUUAUUGCUUUUAUAUUUUUGUUAAAGACAACCUUCCAAAUAUUUUUAUAUUGAAAUCAACAAAAUCCUUUGGCAUCACAUUGUUUUAAAGUAAAGCACAGGCAACUUUGUAGUGGAAUAAUUAUUUUCAACGUAUGUUAUAUAAUACGAAGUCGUAGCGCCACACAUUUUGACAAAAAAAAUCAUUAAAUUUUGAAUUCAUACUUAGAAUAUCUGAUAGAUCAGGUACGAAAAAUAAAACCAUGAUAGAAUAAAGAAUAUUUUGGACACAUUUCUUGGUUCAGUCAGGAAUCAUCAACAAUACUUUAAUACAUUAAACAUUGAUUAGUGUGCACCUAAACUACAGAAAGUUCCUUCAAAACUAAUAUUGAAGUGUACCUGGCUACCUAAAAUAGAAUGUUCAGAAACUUGAUUUGAAAUAGUAUUUCCAGCUCAGUUGUGAAAUGGUAUAUUAUUUUCACUUUUAAAAAAGAUGCAUACUGGGUGGCCCAAUCUGUAAUGCCAAUUAAGAAAACCUUGAUUCCUUGCAUUGAUGAGUAUCCCUGUAUGUUAUCUGAUUUUUUUGUAGUUUUUGAGUCAAGUUUUUUUUAAACGUUUUUCUUCAAAUUUUUGGUCAGGUUUUAUUCAAUUUUUUCAUUCUCUAAGCCAAUGCAAGUUGCAAAAAUUUUGCUUACUGAAGUUUCAAAGUCUAAAAUAAAAAUCUUGUAAAAUGAAGUUAGUUGUUUGAUUUGAACAAAAAUUUUACCUAUUAUUUCAUUCCAAUUGGUUAAUUCAGAUUAGAAAUAUCAUAUUUCACCAUAUCAUAUCUGAUGGAAUUGGCCGAUAGAUGAAAACCAACGUUACUUAUUUGAUAACACUCUACUGAGGGAUUUCCACAAAACAGUUAGCACAAAAGAAAUACACGUUGUACAUUACAAUAACUUUUAGGCAUGUUAUAUUUUUGACAUGAUAGUAUUAUUUUGUGAAAAUCUAAUAGCGUUAUUGAAUACAUUUCACUAUUAUUUAUUUGAAGUUAUUUUUAAGAUCAUAUCAAAUGUCACCUUCAAUCUAGUUCAAAUAGAAACUCGAGCAAUUUUACAAAAUUGAAAAGUAAUUUUGAAGGCAUUGUAUGAUACCUUAGUGAUGAUGAUGAAUUUUAAGUUUUCAUAAUUAUUUGUUCAAUUGGAAUGUUUUUUGGCUUGCUUGAAGUAUUUCUUGUCUGAAUUAGCACGACUUAGUUAUGAUAAAAUAGGCAAAAAUAUUUUUUUGAAUCGAUAGCUGACUUAUAAAUUUUUUUCAUUUUCGUUAAUUUGCUCGAGCUUAAUAUGAAAAUGUAAUAUUUUUUUCGCAUUCUGUUUUAAAGUUGAAAAAUUGUUUUGGAUCAUAAAUGAACAGGCAACUAGUUAAAAGAUGUAUAUUGACUAAGAAAAAAUUACAUAGAAUGCAAUUUGAUGAAUUUAUAACUUUAUAAAGAUUUCUGUAAGCAGUAUGUGUAAUAAUGUUAUUGAUUGAAUAGCUCAUUGUAUAAAAAUUACGAAAUUAUAGAUAUACUUUUGGAAUGUUGUUUUGAUAAAAAUAUAAAUUUAACAGGGGGCCUAGUUGUUCAAUAUCGUAGAAUUCAUUUGAGCAACUUUUUCAGAUUUACAGAAAUUGAAUAUGUCUUGUUUUAUCUCCAUUUUGAGCUUUGAGCCAGGUGAGCUUUAUUCUCGUUUACAGGAGCCGCCUUUUAAACGUUUUCCAAGGAACAAAAUCCGCGUAUUCAUCUGUCGUUAAUCGAAAAUAUAAUCUUGAAUGAAUAAAGUUCAGAAAUAAUUGUCCAUCUCCUUUCCACACUGACAAAACAUUCAUACUAAAAUAGUCUGCAAUUAUUCUUAAGUACUCUUCUACUUUUUCUUUUCUGCUACAAAAUUAAUUUUAUGUUGUAUUUUAUAUUCAUAUCAUUUAUUUGUUGAUGAAAAUUCAUGAAAAAUGUAUUUAAUAACCUUUUAUUGUGAGAUAUCCACAAAACCGGAUUUUUUUCAAAUAUUCUAUCUCACUUUUUUUGUUUGCAAAUCUGUAAAGGUUGGUUUUAAUGAAUUUCCAGACAUAGACGGGCGUUUGUUGUUUAGUCCAAAGACUGACAAAAACAAAAAAUGGCUUUGGUAAGUGAAAAUUUUACAUUUCUCAAAUUGAAGCUUGAUUAUGUGUAAUUUUAGCAAUCUUAUAGAAAGAAUUUUAAAAAUGAAACCUGAACGCUAAUUCCACAUGUAUAAUAUAGUAAUAACAUUAAAUAAAGAUGAAUAUAUAAUAGAUAUAUGUACAAAUUGUAAAUAAUAAACAAAUACUUUUUUACCAGUAUGUUUGUCAUAUACUAGGACUUCAAAAUGACACAUUUUGAUCUUCUAUGAAUUUUAAUUUGCCAUUGCCAUAUAUCUCGUAAGUCGGCAGUAACUAUUACUCAGUAUUUUGUUUAUAUGAUACAUGUUCCUCAAUAUUUGAGAAAUUCCAAUGAAAUAAAGCCCAUGAAUGAA